AGUUACAAAAAUAAAUUUAUCCUCUUUAAUCUCCUCGUGCAAUUGUGCCGGAUUGAAAACACAUUUUCUCGCUCUGAAAAUCAUGGAAAAUCUCGUGAAAACUCCUGAUUUCUUCAAGACUUUCUGCCACAAUGUCCUCAACGCUAUGUCCCCGGAAGAUUUUGAUAAAUUCAGUCAAUUACCCAGUGAUCGUGAUCGAUGUGAAUACGUUGCGGGACUUCCAGCAGUGAAAAAUCUCACGAUUGUGCGGGAAGAAAAAUCCGUAAAGAGCAUUGAGAGAGCUCUUGCACUGAAGAAGGAGGGAAAUAAUGCAUUUCAGAAUAAGGAAUGGAAUAGAGCUCUCGAUCUGUACAAUCAGAGCUACAUUGCAACCCCGUGCGAUCCUGCAAUGGAUGUUGCGGUGAUCUUUGCCAAUAGAUCUGCUGCUCUCUAUCACAUGGGGAAACAUGAUCUGGCUCUAAAGGACAUUACGAGGGCAAUGGAAGCAAACUAUCCUCGGGAUAUGCAGUACAAAUUGAUGGAGAGGGAAGCUCGAUGCUUCCUGGCACAGAAAAAGCACGCAGAAGCAUUACAAUCUUUCAAGAAAACAAUUACGGCGCUGGAUGAUGCAAAAAUCCCUGAAGAAAAGCGUUCUAAGAUGGAACGAGAUGCUCAAAUAAUGGUGAAGAUGCUCAUGAAAACAAUUGAGAAGUGCGGCAAUCAGAAAUUGAAGCAGAAAAUCAAGAAAGAAGAUACAUCCCAAAUGCAUGCUGCUCUUGAAUUUGACUACAACCCCACUGAAGGGAGAUUUGCCAAGGCUGCUGCGGAUAUUGGGGUUGGAGAGACAAUUGUGGCCGAACUGCCUCACUGCUCAGCUCUACUGGAGCGAAGUGCUCAAACGCACUGUCAUCACUGCUUCAAGAGAUUCCACGCGCCACUCUCCUGCCCCACGUGCUCCGAUGCGCUCUUCUGCUCCACCGAAUGCCGUACUGUUGCUCUAAAGACGUACCACAGGUACGAAUGUGGAUUGUUGCCGAUCAUCUGGCGAUCUGGUACAUCCAUCAUUUGCCAUUUGAGCCUCCGAACGCUGGCUCAGCGAGAUGUGGAGUAUUUCCUCAAGAUUCGCGAUGAACUCAAAGCCAAUGAAGGGGAAUAUCCCAUCGAGCGACGCUUGAAGAUGUCCAACAGUGACUACCGCAAGGUCUGCAAUCUCUUCAAGGUUUCUGCGAAGGAUCGAUCGGUUAAUGACUUGUUUCAACACACCGUAAUGUCAUUCUUCCUUGUUAACUGCCUCAGAGCUGGUGGCUACUUCGACAACAAUUCUUCUGAAGGAGUUGUUCAUGAAAUUGCGGGAUUCCUCCUGAGAACGCUCCAAGUGCUGCAGUUCAAUACGCACGAAGUGUUUGAAUUGCAAACCGGGAAGACGACUCAGGAUCGUAAAACUCACUUCAUUGGGGGUGCUCUAUAUCCCACUGUGUCGUUGUUCAAUCACUCCUGCGAUCCGGGAGUUGUUCGCUACUUCCGUGGCAAUCGUGUCUAUGUGCACGCCAUUAAAAAUAUCAAAGCUGGAGAGAUUGUUGCUGAAAACUACGGACCUCUCUAUACGCAGGAAGAUCGUGAACAGAGGCGCAAUACUCUCAAGCAGGUUUAUCACUUUGACUGCAUGUGUGUUCCCUGCCAGGAGAAUUGGCCACUUUUUGCGGACAUGAACAACGACAUCCUCCGCUUUCGGUGCGAUGGGAAAAAGGACUGUGGGGCUCUUAUUUGCGUCCCAGCCGAUACGAAUGAAUUUAUGAUUCGCUGCGUUGACUGCGGGGAAUUCACGAACAUCCUCAAGGGCCUGAAGGCAAUGCAAGACAUCGACGUGAUGAACCGCACCGCUGAGAGACUCCACAACAGCGGAAGUGUCGACGAAGCCGUACGCAAGUACAUUGAAAUCCUCAAAACCAUGAGUGACGUCCUCGUUCCACCCUUCCGUGACUACGUCCUGUGUCAGCAGAACAUCCGCAAUUGCCUACUUCAGUAUGGAAAUCGCAUUUGA